AUGUCUGGAUCUCCAGAGGGCAUCUACGAGCCCGGGGUUGUCGACCCCCAGACCCCACUUCCCAACUACACGUCACCCUAUUGGCAUAUCUCGCCCCAUCGUCAUGCCAACCACCAGUCCAUCUGGCCAGCAGAUGUCGUUGAUGUCCUGAUUAUCGGCUCGGGUGUCUCGGGCAUGACAUUGGCUCGGACACUGACAAAAGAUUCAAGUCCGAACGUCGUUCUUGUGGAUUCAAGGCAGCUCUGUGCAGGCGCUACUGGCCGGAAUGGCGGCCAUAUCAAGACCAUGACGUUCGCCAUGUGGUCGGAGAGGAAAAGUAUCUUUGGAAUCGAAGAAGCCAUUCGAAUCUCUCUGUUCGAGGACAGCCACCUGGAGGCUAUGCACCGCACGAUGAAAGAGGAUGGCAUCGAUGCUGAUCUCGUUCUGACAAAUGGCCUCGAAGCCUAUUACGACAAGCCAAGUUUUGAGCGUGCGAUCAAAGCUCUUGAUGAGAUGUGUGCUCAUAUUCCGCGGCUGGCAGAAAAGCACAAGGUCUACACAGACCCUGCCUACAUACAGCAGGAGAUGAAGCUUUCAUCACGAUGCGUCGGUGUUAUCAGUGUUCCCUCUGCGUCUGUGUGGCCCUACAAAUGGAUUACCGGCGUCUUGGGCCAGCUGAUUGAUAAACAAAAGCUCAAUGUCCAAACCAACACCACGGUCACGUCAAUCUCGGAUGAGGAUACCUUUGAAUAUGCUAUCGUUCGAACCAACCGUGGCGAUAUUCGUGCGAGGCAUGUAGUCCAUGCUCAGAAUGCCUGGAUCGGCCAUCUGCUACCCGAGCUCCGGCCUUUUGUUUCGCCUGUUAGAGUCAAUGUGGUCCAUUUUGGCGCCGUUUCAAACGAUGAAAGUGCCAGUGUCGCUAGCAAAUCUCCCUUCAAACUGGAUAGCAAAUACUCCCUUUGGCUCCGAUAUGGAGAGAAGGACUACGACUAUCUGAUUCAACGGGGAGACGGCGGUCUCGUCGUCGGACGAGCAUGCACUGGACGAAAGGCAACCUCGGACGAUAGCCAGACAGAUAUCCAGCCGAUGCAGCACCUGCGGGGAUUUGCGGAGGAGACGUUGGCCUCUGCUCCCGCCGGCUCAUCAUCGCACAUUGAUCGCGCAUGGUCCGGCAUCGUGGCUUUCACCCAAGACGGAGUGCCAUUUGCAGGUCGUUUGCCAUUUGCAGGGCGCAAGCACCAAUGGGUUUGUGGCGCUUACCACGCUACUGGCAUGAUCAAGGCGUUCCGUACGUCGCAGAAUGUCGCUGCGAUGAUUCUGGGGGAGAGACCCAGUCAGGAUUUCCCUCGAUCGAUGCUGGUCACAGAAGAGAGGAUUCGUGGCUUGCAAAGGUCUCUCGAUGUCGGAGGAUAUCCAAUUCAUGUACAGAAAUCCAGAAUGUGA